UAUAGUGGAUAUUAAUGUUUUCCCGAUGCUCAUGAUGUCAAUCACUGGAUUGUCUGGUCCAGACUCGAUUAUUUACAGACUGCCGUCAUAUAGCUGGAAAACAUUGCUGUGUGCAGCGUUAUAUAAACAACAAACAAACAAACUUCCAUGAACCUAAUUUCAACAAGAGGCAAUUACAAUGGACCAGGUGGCCAGUCUUGUGACUUGGUUGAUUUGCCUGUCAUCGUAACCUGACUCAUGGGAUGUUGCUCAUGAUAUCAACCACUGUUCCUCUCCAGGCUCUUCCUCCAUCCCUUUCAUCCCCGAAGUGGAGGAGUGGAGGAAGGGGAGGUCGCUGAAGCAGUGUCACGAGUACAUGCUGACCAAUCAGGUGGCCUGUGAUGUCUUCUUCACUGUAGGUGUGAAUGGAGACAAGUAUGGAGCACACAAAUACAAGCUCCUGGCAGUGUCGGAUGUGUUCUAUGUCAUGCUACUUGGGCCUAUGGCAGAACAUGACAACACCAUCAAAAUCCCCGACAUCGACCUCACCAGUUUCAAAGCCUUUUUACGGUAUGUGUACACGGAGGAGUUGGAUGUGACACCGGACACCGUCAUGCAGCUGAUGUACGUGGCCAAGAAGUACAACGUGGAGCCCCUGGUGACAGCCAUCAUCUCCUACAUCGAUGCACAGAUGUCCAUUGAAAGUGCUUGUGUCGUCAUGGAGCAGGCCCAUCUAUUCAAUGAACCCACGCUGGAGACUAAGGCCCUUGAGUUUAUCGAAGACCAUGCAACCAGUGUGUUGGAAUCUAAGGAAGUGACCACGUUGUGUGCUGGCUGUUUGAAGAAAGUUGUGUCCUCCGAUAAUUUGCAUGUUAAACUUGGGGUCAGGAGGGAAUUAUGGGAAAUGGAAAGGAAAGCAGCGGCUGCCGACUUGGAGAGGUCUGUGUUGACAGCUGUCAUGACGUGGGCAACUCACCAGUGUGUUGAAACCAAGGUCAAGGUGACGAGCCAGAACCAGCGGAAGGUCCUUGGCGACAUUUUGUGGGAAGUGCGCUUCUCGCAACUCAGCCCUGACUAUUUUGUGGCAGACGUGACGAAGAUGAACAUUCUGUCUUCAGAGGAGAGAUGCAUGAUAUUGGAACAUGUUGUUGCACCAAAUAAGGCCAAGUCUAAACUUUGUAACAUGAAGCGUAGAGGUCCACACGAAAACAUCCGCACAGUAACGCGAUUCCGAAACACGUCGGAAGACACAUGCAUUAAGAAUGACUAUCAUCACGCUGUGUCCUUCAAAACAAAUGAAGACUUGUAUCUACAUGGUUUCUGUCUGUUUGGAACCAGCACGGGCAAGACCUGCUUGUACGACGUCCACUCAGCAGUGUACAAAGAAAAGGAGGUGAUUUGUGAAUUGAACACCAAAGUCUACGACAAAAUUGAACAGCUGGAUAUUUGGAUGAAGAGGAAAAGUGUUCAUAGACGGACAACUGAGGAGAUGUUCCGAGUGUAUUUUCGGAGAAAGUUGCUGAUUAAGAAAGACACUAUGCACACUUUGUAUGUUGAUCUCAAGGGUCCGCAGUGUUACACUGGCCUGGAGGGACGUUCCGAGAUCUGUUUUUACACGGAUGGUUUUGUUAAGAUCACAUUCCAAGAUGCUCCUGAUUUCAACGAUGCCAAGUCCCAAACUACCUCCGUCAAAGGACAGAUUCCAUCAUUGCUGGUUUCUCUCAUACCGUGUUCGAAACCAAUCACUUUCAAGUAACCAUGGUUACAGCGUUGAUUCAUGAUCUGGUUAACUGUUUGAUAUCUUUCAGGAGUGAUGAAUGAUUGGUUCUGUUGCCAUGCCAUCUGAGAACCAUUGUAGUUGUUCCGCUAUUCCAUGAGAGAAUGAAUCUGUUUCCAUGGUUACAAAAUACAGAUUCAUCAGCAAUCAUGAUUAUCAUGUUCAGUCUUUAUCAUUCCAAGAAAGUGAACUUAUGGAUGUCCAUUCUGUUUCCAUGGUAACAAAGGAUGGAUUUACUGUCAUGAUCAAUGGAGAGUUUUGAUGGAAAUUGUGAAGGUUUUUAGUGGAUAUUUUUCCAGAUUAUUUUAUUACAGAAUUUGUAUCAAUGAAAGCUAUUUGUAUCACAUCCAAGUGCUGUGUAGCAUGUUUUGAAGACAAUUUAGCUGGUUUGGCACAAUCUCACCACUCAAGUGUGACGAGGAUUGACUGAGCUCUGAGCUUCAACAUGGAAGGAAUUGCAUAAUAGUGAAAUCCAGUUGACCUGUGAAGAUCAGGGCUUGGAGAUAGGUCUUCAGCAACCCAUGCUUGCCGUAAAAGGCGACUAUGCUUGUCGUAAAAGGCGACUAAUGGGAUCGGGUGGUCAGGCUCGCUGACUUGGUUG